UGCUUCAUCUCACUCUCAUUUUGUGCACAAAGACCUAGAGGCUGCUAAGAGUGGGUCUGGGUCUGGUUGUCAUGGGGGAUAUUGUUUUAACUAGAGUUCUGCCUGGCGGUGCUAUAAACACUGGUGUUAUUAGUGUCUCAAAUCGGUAUGAUGUCGCAUGCAUGCCUACAAUUGAAGGUGGACAUAAUUCAGCAGUGCUGAUAGCAGGAGAUGCUCGUCAAGAAGGCGUCAUCCAUCGUUUCAACUUCAGAAUGAGGACAAAUGGAGCCCGUGCAAAGCAAACCCUAACUGGUAUGAAGCAAUUCUUUGACCUUCAUGGAUUGCAAGCUGGGGAUCAAAUUAUAAUCUAUCUUGUGCAAGAAGAACUGAAGUUACUUGGAAGAGUCGUUCGCCCCGCAGUUUAUUUAAUUGAUUUUGAGAGGAAGCCUGUAGCCUAAUUAAAUAGGCAUGUUUGGAUUGGAAUGUUAUAUAUAUGUUGGUAUCUUCAUCUAGAGGUCUGGAGUACAUUAAACAUUUCUGUUAUGUUUCUUUUUCUUUUUUUGAAAAUAAGCUACCUUUAUCGAUCGGAGCCAUUCUGGAGUUCCGUGUGGAUGCAGAAUACCGAGUCUAUAGUAGAAUGGCCUUUAUGUUGGUUUUGUUUGAAUGUUUUCUGUUGAUAGGUAAAAGAAGAAAAAAGGGGCCUAGGUGCAUGAUUGUGAAAUAUUCUGUUCUUUUGCCAUAUAUAUUUUGACUUCAAAUGUUCUUUUAUCUUUCUACUUUUAAGUUGUCAUGAGAAUUAAUUAAUUAAAUUCUCUUUU